GUCUUGAUUUCCACAUAAAAAAAAAAAAAAAACAGAAACUCCUCUUUCAUUUGAGCGCAUCCAAGCUUCACAACCCCAUCGCGUAGCAGCAUCUCUGCUGAAGCCACCAUUGAAGCUGCUCCCCCCUUCCAAAGACUACCUGUCUGCUGCGACCAGUGGGAGUCAUCUUAUACAUCAAGCAACGCUCUCUGGCCACUAUCUUCCGGAUUGUUUUCUUCACGCCCAUCUAUCUUGAUCAAGUUAUUCGGCAACAGGAUUUCUAAAUUAUGAACAUGAGAACGAGAAAAUUUGGCAGUGCAAAGUUAUUUUGUCCAUUCUCCUGAGGGCAAAAGGAAACAAACAGCGAACAAGAACAAACAAUAAAAAGAUGUUCUCAUUGUUUUAUGGACUUUGGAAGUAUAUUUUUAGCAAGACAGAAUUUCACGUUCUUAUACUUGGGAUUGACAAAGCUGGAAAAACAACUUUAUUGGAGAAGUUGAAGACAGUAUACUCAAACUUGGAAGGCCUCCCUCCUGAUCGAAUUGUUCCAACUGUUGGGCUUAACAUUGGUCGUAUUGAAGCAUCAAAUACCAAACUAGUGUUUUGGGAUCUUGGGGGUCAGCCUGGUCUCCGCUCAAUUUGGGAGAAAUAUUAUGAAGAAGCACAUGCUGUGGUCUAUGUAGUUGAUGCUGCUUGCCCAUCGCGUUUUGAAGAUUCAAAAUCUGCAUUGGAGAAAGUUCUUCGGCAUGAGGAUUUGCAAGGAGCACCUCUUUUGAUAUUAGCAAACAAGCAGGACCUUGCUGAAUCUGUAUCUGCUGAAGAACUAGCUCGAUAUCUAGAUCUGAAGAAAUUAGAUGAAAGGGUUUACAUGUUUGAAGCAGUUUCAGCAUAUGAUGGGAUGGGGAUUAAAGAGAGUGUAGAAUGGCUUGUUGAAGUUAUGGAGAGAAGCAAGAGAACUGAAAUGUUGAGAGUCCGUGGAGGUGUGGCCGGUUCUACCCCUGCUUAAAAGAAAUAUCAAAUUAAAUUAAAAACUGUUUUCCCUGCUCUGUAACUUUUCUGUAAAUAAAUUAAGGUUCAUAGUGGAUCCUAUAAAUUAUUAUGGCAUGAUCAUGAUCAAUCUUUCAUAAAGUUGAGCUAAGUUGUUUCUUAUUUGUUUCAAGUGUUGCCCGACUCGUUCAUGCUGUUAAUCAUAGAGGCUCUUUCGGGAUCAAGAGAAUUCUGUACGUUAAAACUCAAUGCUUCAAAUGCAAUGUUGUCAUUUUUAUAAA